GUUUUCUCGCCGCACCAGCUAGCGCCAGUGAAAGACGUCGUCGCCAUCAUUCAUUCAUUAUUCGAUUUUAGAAUUGCUCACAGCAGCAGAUUGUGAAAAUAGUGGAAAAGGCUGUUCUCCGCGUUUAUAAACGGCUUAAAAACGUGCGCGAUAUCGUGUGUCGAAUAGAAGUGAUUUGAAAAAUAGGACAUUAGAUUGCGUAUCGGUAGGAAAUAUCCGAGUUUUGCGUGGGGGAGUGAUUUCGCGAGGAGCAAGUAAGAAAGAAAGACACCGCAGCAGGAGACACAAAGAUGGCUGCUCUGCCUCGAAGAAUAAUCAAGGAAACACAGCGCCUUAUGCAGGAGCCCGUUCCGGGGAUUAGCGCCGUUCCAGACGAGCAGAAUGCUCGCUAUUUCCACGUGAUUGUAUUCGGCCCGGAAGAUUCUCCAUUCGAGGGAGGCCUGUUCAAGCUGGAACUGUUUCUUCCGGAAGAUUAUCCGAUGUCGGCGCCAAAGGUACGGUUCAUUACGAAAAUCUACCACCCAAACAUCGAUCGGCUGGGCCGAAUCUGUUUGGAUAUCCUGAAGGACAAGUGGAGCCCGGCGCUGCAAAUCCGCACGGUGCUGCUGUCGAUCCAAGCCUUGCUAAGUGCCCCCAAUCCGGACGAUCCGCUCGCUAACGAUGUGGCCGAACUGUGGAAGGUCAACGAGGCGGAAGCGAUUCGAAAUGCAAAAGAAUGGACCCAGAGAUACGCGAUCGUGGACAAUUAAAAAAGCUAUAUCCUAUUAGGCAUCGGCGGACGAAGGACGGGCGCGACGUUUUAUUAAAUUAAUUUUAUUAAAGCAAAAGAACACAUCCACACAGCAAGAUAAUUCACCACCCAGAUGAUAAGAGCGCUAAAACAACAAAAAAAAAAACGAGAUCGGAGGUAACGCGUUAAUUUUCCAGAGAAAUUUUACAAUCCACGCGGAAGUUCUAUAGUGCAAGAGUUUACCAUCGGCAGCCAACACAACACAACGCAAUAGCAGUGGGGCGAUCGCAUCGGAAACUACUGCUUCGCUAAUGAGUCAAUAAAUGCAAGAAGAAAAACAGCUGAAAAUCAGACAACAAAGAAAAAUUACGACCGUGCGGUGUGGUGUGGCGAGCGUGAACCCACAGCCGCAGCAGCAACAGUAGCAGUAGCAGCGGUUCGCUUUUGAUUGAUUUUCACCCAUCCACUUUUCUUUCGAGAACGUUCAGUAAAUCCACCACCAGCCGCAUUAGAAAUUGAAGAUCAAUUCCGCAUAUCUCCCACGGCUUCUUGAUAUUAAAGAGGGGUCGCUUUAGUCUGCGCUCAUAACAUAGUUCGAGUUGAAUUUCAUGUUCCAACGCCCGCUGCAUUAUACUAUAUUCGUAAUAUUAAAUUAUUUCAUUACAAAAUCACAAAAAGCCGAAAAAAAUAGUAAAAUAAAAAAAAAUCCUGCAGUAAACUACACAAAAUUCCA